CCGUUAUAAAAUCUUUAUUGAUAUGAGGAAACGAUUAAUUUUUAUAAGUAGCCGAAGCUAUAAACGAGAUUUUGAACUCUUAUGUUUGAAGUUCUGUUACAAAUAUGAUGAAAAUUAAUAAGAAAAGUGAAAAUAUUUUUCCAUGAGGAGUGUCUACAUAACAAGUUAAAAGAAAAUAAUGAUAUUUUCAAAAGGUAUUAUACCUAAUAUCAUGUGUUAUUCUCACAAAUCUUGUUUUUGGAUAUUAAGAAAUAAAUAUUGAUACUGGGGAUUUCUAGAUAUACGAGUGAUCAUGGGUUAGUUUCUGAACUGUUUUGGUUUGAACAUUUUCUCAUGGUAAUGUUAAUGGCUUUAUACUUCGGACUAGAAUCGAAUUGAAUUUUUCAAGUCUAUUUUAAGUAAGAAAGUAAUGAUGGAAUAAACUGAUCUAAAUUCAUUAAAAGACAUAUUCGUCCACCAGUAGGCUACUAGUUUAAAAAGGUUCCAUCAACUUACAAACGGAAUAAUGGAUUAGUUACUGAUUGAAGAAAUACAUACACGUGCAAGUGUGAAAUAAACCAACUGUAAUCACAGAUCAAAAUCUGGCGACAUCGUGAUAUAGAGCAGUUAAAUGAUAAAAAAUAUGAAACGAUAUCGUUUUAAAGACGUAAUGCACUUGAUUAAAUAUUCAGUUUUGGAAUAAAAUUCUGCAUUCCCUUUCUAAAUAGAGAUCAUUCAAGUGCGUAAUAAAAGUAUCUUUUGAGACACUUAAAUGUUUCAUACAGACUGAUUUAUUUGUCAAUAAAUUGUUUUUUUGUGCUUAAACACACAAAACACACUUUAGAAUAAAAAAGAAGAACUUGCCGUAUAUUAUUUGUGUGGGACCUAUACAAAAAACAUACGAAUACUUUUGAGUUAUUUUUUUCAAUCGCAAAAUGUGCAAGUAAAGACGGACAAGAUAACGUAUUAUAAUGAUGAAAUGAGAAAUGGUUGUUUAUUUGCUGGAGGAAUGAAAUAGUGUCGGAAGACAAGAAGGGUGACAGAACUGGCUACCGUUCGCAGUUCGGAAUUCGGUAAGGCAUUUUAUAAACAUAAGAUAUUUUUUAUACAUAGAUUAUGGCUUUAUCAAGUAAAAGUAAACAUUCUGCGGUGACAUAUUCACCAAUAGCAGAAAUGGAUGAAGGAGUCUUAUCACGCACCGGCAGUCGAGAUGGAAGAUCGAAUACGGGGCAAGCGGACGGAAUAAGUAAAUCUGGGAGGCAAAGAACAAUGACGGACAUGAAAAGUGCUGGACUAGGAUCUAAACAAGCCUCAUUAUACCUCAGUCGAACUGCAUCUCUGGUGAGAAAUGGUAAAGAUUCCAGGACAGAGACCCCUAAUAAAGACGAUGGUUCAGUAAAAAAUAGUGACACAAACAGUGGAAGUGUUUCAAAGAAAACAUCUGUGUCGUCCAUGCAACGUGAAUUUACAUUCACUGGAUAUGAUAUCAUGGCUGACACUGAGCCUGUAAAGCAUCCAAAGGAAUCCGACGAGGAGAAAAAAGAGCGGGAAAACGUGCAAUGUUACAUAUCAUCGUGCAAGCAAUUAGGCAUAAAUCCUGUAAAUUAUAUAGCAAGGCAUAUAAAUGAUCAACGUGUUGUAAUGAAAAGUCAUCCAUUAGGGCCUCAAGGAGCGCGAGCGUUGUGUGUUGCUCUAGUGAACAAUAAAUUUGUAGAGAAACUUGAUCUUGAGGACAAUGAUAUUGGCACUGAAGGAGCUGUUUGUGUCGCUGAGAUGUUGCGAGAAAAUGAAACCAUAACUGAACUUAGAAUUUCCGAGAAUUUGAUCGGAUCAAGAGGAGCCUACGCCUUUACUGAGCUACUUAAAGAUGGGAAAAAUCUUCACACUUUAGACAUAUCUGGUAGUGGUUUAGAAGAUUCCGAUUCCAAAUUUGUGGCGGACAUGAUAGAGUUUAACUCACGGCUGAAAGUGCUAAAUGUCAGUCACAAUCGACUGAGUGAUGCUGGUGCAUUUGACAUCGGCCGAGCUAUUGCAAUAAACGACACACUACAAGAAUUAAAUGUAAGCUGGAACCACAUCAGAGGGAAGGGUGCCCUAGCAGUUGCCAUAGGUGUUCAGAAAAAUGUUGGUCUUAAAGUGCUAAAUGUGUCCUGGAAUGGAUUUGCUAAAGAAGGUGCUAUAUGUAUGGGACGGGCAUUAGAGGAAAACAGAACAUUAAGAACUCUAGAUAUUUCAAACAACCGCAUUGGUGUUGAUGGGGUUGGUGGAGUUCUCAAAGGGUUGCAACAAAACGAUGGACUAACUGAAUUAAAGAUAGGACAGAAUCCAUUUUCACCCGAGGUGGCGUUGACAAUACUCCGAGCGAUAGGGGAAUCUGAUAAGUGUGUGCUGACACAGCUCGAUCUCUCGGAUAUUGUAGUCCGAUCUGAUUUUCUUGAGAAAUGGGAUGAAAUCAAACGCAAAAGAGCAAUUCCACUCCGUAUUAUGUUUGGUGCAGUUGUAAGGUCUACGGACGCUCCGACCAAAGAUCCUAACGCUAUAGACUGGCGGGAUCCCGUCAUGCGCAUGUUUAAGUACAUGCAGGAUCAAGGUUACAGGGUGAUUGAUUUGUUGAAAAGACUGGAUAAAGACAGAAGUUUCAGCGUAGAUAGACAAGAGUUUAAACUAGGUUUGAUGGCCGAAAAUAUCCCUCUCACGGAGGCCCAGUUAGAUGAUGUUAUUGAUAGGCUAGAUGCAGAUGGUGACGGGGAAGUUGAUCUUGGCAUGUUUAGGAAACUUCUCAAGAGAGUUGAUCAAAGGCGAGAAAGAGUUUCGGAGGAAGAUGCAUGCCCGCAUGCGCAAGAUGUUACGGCAGACAAAACCAGUGGCGGAAUCGGCAGUUCAGAAACUAUUGAAAAUUGAAUUGUUGUGAACUCGACAUUUCAAUAAGUGUUGAAAUUUGAAUGACUGUCAUUGAGGCCCGUUCUGAUUCGGUAUUUUAGAAACAAAUGGGAACGGAACGGUUGUGAAACCCGUGCUAGACAAAUGGAAGAACUGCUUUGAACUGUGUUUCUGAAACUGGUGAGAAUUUAAAUGCUGAACCUAUGAUACCAGCAUCUAAAGACCUUUAGAAAACUGCAUUGCUGUGAAAAAUUUGGUGUAAUUUCGCUACUAUUCAGAGGUGUCAGACACGGCACUGCUCAUUCAAGAGGAGCACCAUCUUGAAAACAGAUCUUGACAAAAAGUACAUCGGAAAAAAUGUUUGUUAAAAUUAGACAAAACGUUUAAGAGUCUGACGAAAUUUGAAACUCUGUAUCACUGUUUGACAAAAUUCUUAGAAUUGAACUGCUAUGAAAUCAAUGUUAAAUAAGUCAUUGGAGGUUGUGCUCGGCAAUCUGAACAUUACAGAAACUGAUGCGAAACCCUACAAAAAGAAGAUGAAUAGAAACUAGAGAAAAUUCUUAACAGUUAGUAAAUGUAACAUGAAUUUUACUAAUACUCAUCCUUGAAAAACGGACAAAAAGUUACUAUGAGUAUGACUGCUGGCAUCCUGAACACAUACAAAGUUUUAUAAUGGUGAAAUGUGUUUUACUAUAGUUAGGAUACAGUUAAGGUUAAUAUGAUAUUUUUGUAUCUUCCUGUAUACUGGGUGUUAUUUUGAAAAUAACAAGGGAACUAGUCUAUGUGAGUGAUG